UGCGUUUCCCUGGCAUGCUGCCUCGAAGUCAGGUGUUCUCGCUGAGGACUGAUAAUACUAAGGCCACACAAACAAAAAGUCAGCCGUUCCAUCUGUGCCAGUCCCAUGACAUAUGCGGUCAUCUCUGUGCAUGGCUGACCACCUGAUGUGUUGGAGGUGAGGUUGUCCUGAUGCACGGAAGUAUCCACGUCAUCCAUCGGCUCCAGGAAUGAUGCAUCUGGGCCAUCGGCACGCGACGAAGUCACGCGUUGGCGCCUCGUCGCGUGCCGGCGGACGGUGUUGCCUUGGGAUACGGGCGCGGCCGAGGCGGAGCCUAUGAGGAAGCCAACGAGAACCACCAGAAUGGCCAUCAGUGGCGUCACGACAAGAAGCAGCUGGCCCCCGCACCGACAACACGAAACAGACCACGGAAGGGACACGGAGAUGUAUGUAACGAAGGUGGUGCACUAUUGAGUACUCUCACCUGGAGCAGCGGUGCCGAUGCCUUGUGCAGAUCCUGGCGCUGCCUUGGGACCAGAUCUUUUCUCGGUAAAUAUCUCGGUAAAUCUAUCGGCCGAUGCGCACUCAUUUACAUGGUAACUAAUUUAUGAUGCAUGUGUAAAGUCCGGACGCAUGUGUAAAGUCCGGACGCAUGUGUAAAGUCCGGACGCACUGUACUAAAGUACCGGCUCGCAUGCGCACUCAUUUACAUGGUAACUAAUUUAUGAUGCAUGUGUAAAGUCCGGACGCAUGUGUAAAGUCCGGACGCACUGUACUAAAGUACAUUUUUCAUUUACAUAGAAACGGGCGACGCAUCAGUGUACAGUCCGGACCGCGUAAGUGGGUCACCGCAUAAGCGGGUCAGUUGCGUAUGUGGGUCAGCCCAUCCCGAUCACUCUGUACACAGUCAAAAACGGACCGGAUAACCGGGUCUCCUCACAAAGAGACUUAAAGCAGCCAUCCAAACCAACCAUUCAUGGCUCAAAAUGACCGCAAGACAAUGAAGAACCUCUCUGUUAAAGAGCGGACCGAUGAAAGUGUGAUUCCAUGGAGAAAUACAGACAUUUUGAUUGUCAUCUUCUGAGAUGAUCGACGGAUUUCGUAAAUUUGAGUGACUUUGAGCGAGAAAAAAAGAGUCAAUGGGCUUGAGAGGCUCCUGUGAUUCAUUCACAGCGAGAAAUCACUCCAAAAGUCGCUGGAAAACUAGUGGGUCAGCUCUGUAGUACGUAUAAGCGGGCCAAACGCGUAAGUGGGUCAGCCCUGUACUGACCCACUUACGCGGUCCGGACUGUAUCAAGCAAACGAAGGGAUAAAGCUACCUAGAUAAAGCACAGCCCUCUCGAGGUCGAAUUCACUUAAUUCCCUCCGUGAUAUCGUCGCACAUCGGCAUCCUUUCUCUACGUGGUGUCCCUCCUUUUUCCCCUUGCUACCAGCCGAAGAGCGCCCGACUGCGUACAAUGGGCACAUC